GAUGUUUGUGUUGCUGUCACUGUCCUUGCUCGUGGUGGAUGUAGCCUCUGUAACCAUCACAGUUCAGAACCACUGGGCAGGUGGCUUUCAAGUUGAGGUGGCCAUACCUGUGACCUGUGACCUUCAAGGCUGGACUGUCAGCCUCGACUUCGACCAAGACAUAAAAUCUAUCGAGAUAUGGGCAGGUGAUGUUCGGCAAGAGAGUCCACGCCGAUACCUGGUGUCUAGCCAUGAUUAUAACGGAGAGGUGCACACUGGGACAUCGCUUACCCUGAGUGUCAUAGGUCACACAGUCGGGGACAUCUCACCCUCACUCACAGCUUUUAUCACUGACUGUGGUGAUGGCCAUGGGGGAACUCUACCUCCUGGUGCCACGAGAACUCCUAUCCCGAGAACAAGUCCUGCGAGCACGGGAGGAGGAACUCCAACGAAAGAUUAUGCAGACGCCCUCGGCAAGUCCAUCCUCUUCUACGACGCGCAGCGAUCUGGGAAACUUCCGGCGAACAACCCCAUCACAUGGCGGGGAGACUCCGCACUGAAUGACUGUGUAGUGGGUGGGUGGUAUGAUGCUGGAGACCACAUCAAGUUUGGGUUGCCAUUUGGGGCUGCAACUCAUGUCCUUUUGUGGGGCCUUCAUCUUUUCAAGGAUGGGUACGAGCGCGCCCAUCAGCUGGACAUGAUGUAUGAUAUGAUCAAGUGGGCGCUGGACUACAUGUUAAAAGCCUGGAAUCCUGUCACUAAGGAACUCGUUUGUCAGAUCGGAGAAGGGCUGGCAGAUCACCACUUCUGGGGCCGUGCGGAGGACAUGACGAUGGACAGACCCUGCUACAAGGCCGGGGCAGGUCAAGGGGCAGGAGACAUUGCCGCCGAGUGGGCCGCCUGCAUGGCCGCUGGCUCCAUCUUGUUCAAGGAGAAGGGAGACACCAGCUAUGCAGCUCAGCUCCUGACGGCCGCGGAGUCUUUGUAUGCAUUCGCCAAGGCUCAUCCCACUCCGUGGUCAGGGUCCAGUGCUUUCUAUGCACCCAGUACCUCUGAUGACGAGAUCUGCGAGGGCGCCAUAUGGUUGUACCGUGCAACACGCAACCAGAAAUACCUCAACGAUGCCAGAGAAAAGUGGACUCCAUCUUACGGAUUUGCCUUGUCCUGGGAUGACAAGAAAAUAGCCUGCCAGAUCAUGGUGUACAACGAGACCUACUCUGGGAGUUCCCAGUUAAAGGACCCUAUUGAAGGUUUCUUUAAGGGGUGGCUACCCGGGGGCACCGUGAAGUACACACCGUGUGGACUGGCCUGGCGGGACAUGUGGGGCGCCAACAGAUAUGCUGGUGGUGCUGCCUUUGCCGCCCUGGCUGCUGCUGAAACGGGGCUAAACACAGCCACUUACAGAGCGUGGGCGAUAGAGCAGAUCAACUACAUGCUGGGCGACAAUAAAGUUGAUGGCGGUUGCUUCAGUUUCGAGAUCGGCUACGGCAGCAAGUAUCCCAAGAGUCCUCAUCAUCGUUCGGCAUCCUGUCCCGACAUUCCUCAGCCGUGUUCUGAAGCGAAUCUUCACGCUUCUGGCCCCAGUCCUCACCUGCUGUUGGGCGCCCUCGUUGGAGGGCCAGACGUGAACGACAGCUACGUGGACAACCGCGAGGACUACGUCAAGAACGAGGUGGCCAUCGACUACAACGCGGGCUUCCAGUCGGCGCUAGCUGGAAUCCUCCAUUUGUUGGCAACGAACAAUUUUCCUCCCACUAAGAACGCCUGCCCGUGUGUGGAGAGCUAAUCGUCUGAGGUCAUCAUCCUAUCGUCCACUUUUCUGUCUUCAAGUAAUAAAGAUGUUCAUGAUGUCA